AUGCGGAGUCUGUCCAUUGUCGGAAAGUGUCUUUCCUAUCCUCGUCUAAUGCGGGUGCGCAUUCGGGAUGAAACCUUUCUUCAGACAUUUGGUAGAGUUCCUGUGAGAAAGUUCCGGACCCUGACAGAAUUGAUCAUGGAUGCUGAAGAACAUGUGAAAAACCCAUACAAAGGCAAAAAACUGAAGAAGCAUCCUGACUUCCCAAAAAAACCUUUGACUCCAUAUUUCCGUUUCUUCAUGGAAAAGCGAGCAAAGUAUGCUAAGCUACAUCCAGAAAUGAGCAAUCUGGAUCUAACCAAGAUUCUCUCAAAAAAAUAUAAGGAGCUCCCCGAAAAGAAAAAGAUGAAAUAUAUUCAGGAUUUCCAACGAGAAAAACAAGACUUUGAGCGGAAUCUGGCAAGAUUUAGGGAAGACCACCCUGACCUCAUUCAGAAUGCCAAGAAAUCUGAUAUUCCAGAAAAACCCAAGACCCCCCAACAGCUCUGGUAUACUCACGAAAAGAAGAUCUACCUGAAAGUCCGACCCGAUGCCACCACGAAGGAGGUGAAAGAAGCAUUGAGCAAGCAAUGGUCUCAGCUCUCAGACAAAAAAAGGCUGAAAUGGAUUCAUAAGGCUCUGGAGCAGCGGAAGGAGUAUGAGGAAAUGAUGCGGGAUUACAUACAGAAGCAUCCAGAGAUGAACAUUGAGGAAGGGACACCACCACGGUCCACCCUAACAAAAGCAGAGAGGCAGUUGAAGGACAAGUUUGAUGGACGACCCACCAAGCCCCCUCCGAAUAGUUACUCACUUUACUGUGCUGAGCUGAUGGCAAACAUGAAAGAUGUCCCAAGUACAGAACGGAUGGUGCUCUGCAGUCAGCAGUGGAAACUUCUUUCCCAAAAGGAAAAGGAUGCCUACCACAAAAAGUGUGAUCAGGUAAGCACAGCUGGAAGAGCAAGAAUUAAAAAUGUUUUCUGGAGACAAAUAGUAAUCCGUUUCCUGAUUUCUGAUUCAACUGGAGUUAGCAAUCCCACUGUUGAUAGGGAAAUAUAUUUGCUCACAUUCAGAAAUGCAAUGUGAUAGUCCUGUUCAAACUUUUGGAAAUCUAGUCCAGUGUUCAAAGUGAAAAUAUCUGUCUCUACAGGGUGCAGAUAAAUUGCAUGCUGCUACUCGUAAUACAAAUAAUGUGUAAAACCUCAUCAAUUAGUUGGGCUAGUGACUCACCAAAUCCUGUGCAAAUGUGAUGUUAACAGGCAUGCCUUUGGGUGCCUGUCAGUCCCGUGCCAUA